ACGUUUUGUUAGUGAUUACUGCCCUGCCUGAAUCUGUGCUAUUUUGAUUGAUACUUAACUUUUAUCAUAAUGUCUCAGGAUCCCUGUAAUCCGACCUGGGUGGUUGAGAAGUUUUGAUCCAUUCUUCGUUACAGUGUUGCUUCGGUUCAUUGAGGGUCAACCAAUCUUCAGCUGUCAGUCAGAGGCCUCAUAUUUCUCCUUAGAACCCCUUGGUGUGCUGAUGAGUUCAUGGUCGACUAAAUGACUGAAAGGUACCACGGGUCUUGUGGCUGGAAAACAAACCCGUAUCACGAGUCCUCCACCACCGUACUUGACAGUUGGUGUGAGGUUGCAGAAUUAUGACGCCACCUGCCGCCUGGCUCAGGAGAUAGCAGAAAACAUCCAUGAAAGGAACAGGCAGCACAGAACGGGGGGAAACCCUGCAAAGAUAAACAUGACGCUACGAGCAUCCCUUCAGAAACUCAAACAGAAUAUUGCUCAGCUCAAAGAGGGCUUGUUAAGAAGCUCCUCGUCUCGGCGCAUAAUGCAGUCAGAAGCUGACAGGAGGCAGAACCUCAUUGAUGAGCUGCUAACCAGAGAGAAGCAGCUCAAUGCCACCUUCAAAGGAGACAUCACAGAGCCUGAACCGUCCAGAUCCACAUUGAUGGGCGGAGGAGGAGCAGCGGGUGGAGGGAGUACGACCAACCCUUGGCUCAUUGAGGAGUCAGAGGAGACCAAGGGGCUGUUGUUUGGGGAGAUUAAACAGCAACAACAGAGAAUCAUUGAUGCCCAGGAUGCAGGCCUGGAUGCACUAGCAGCUGUCAUCAGCCGACAGAAGACAAUGGGCCAAGAGAUCGGCAACGAGCUGGAUGAACAGAAUGAAAUCAUCGACGACCUUGCGCAUCUUGUGGAUAAGACGGAUAGCAGGAUUCAGAAUGAGACACGCAGAGUGAAGCUGGUAGAGACCAAGUCAGCUUCAUGCGGGAUGCUGGUGGUGAUCGUUCUGCUCCUCAUAGCCAUCGUUGUGAUCGCUGUGUGGCCCGUGUAGCAGCUGUGGACGGCUCCCAGUUUGAUGAAGAAAACCAGUUUAAAUCACAAAUGCUCACUGAAAUGCCGUCUUAGGUUUUUUUUUUUGUGUCAUUUUGAUCGCUGGAAACGUUACCACCAAAAGAAUGUAAAAUAAAGGUUUCUUUGUUUAGCAGCACAGACGCUUGUUUUAUACAGUUGGCUAAGGAGAGCUGAUGAUAUUUUCUUUUCUGUCCUCUAAAUAUUGUCCUUUACUGUAGUAAAUAUAAUGUUUGAAUCAUUACAUCCUCUGAUCAUCAGGAUGUUAAAUUAUGUGGCAGACUGAACUAUUUUUUACCCCUGUGAAGAAUUUUGUCCAAACGGUAGGACCUCCCACAGACAGCAGGAGCAUUCCCUUCUACAGUCUUUCUGUGGCUGGACUCAGGUUUAUAUUGGGUACAGUAAUUCUUCUAUAUUCACACACAUUUAUUUACCCCUGCAUUACUGUAGCAGCUGUAAUGACAUAAUUGUGUUAGGAUUUUCUAAUGUUUACCGAACAGAUCAUAGCCAGACUUAACAGCUCGACUGUGUUACUAACAUGAUUCCUUUACUUCCUCAUAAAUCAUCUCCACUUGUAAUUUCUAAUAAAUGACAUUUCCAGUUAAUAGUC